UGCCCUUUGCUGCUUCGCUGACGUUGUUGUAUAUUAUGCUGUGGAGAUCGCGGUCGGGCCUGUGCGUGUUUCUCCAGACGCUUAACACCAGAUUCCGGUAUUUACCUCCUGUGCUCCACCGCAACAUGUCCAGCAGAACGAACUCCAAACUCCCCGUUACCCUGCUGGGAACCAUGGCGUUCGGGGGACGCGCGAACGCGGAGACGAGCGUGGCCAUGGUACGCGCUUACCUGGAGCGCGGCCACAAUGAGUUGGACACAGCUUUUAUGUACACAGAUGGGCAGUCGGAGACUGUGAUUGGGGGCUUGGGUCUCCCCAAAACAGUUCGGAUCGCCACUAAGGCGAACCCCUGGGACGGGAAGACGCUGAAGCCGGAGAGUGUGCGCUCCCAGCUGGACACCUCCCUGCAGAGGCUGCGGACCCAGUGUGUGGACCUCUUCUACCUGCACGCCCCCGACCACAACAACCCCAUAGAGGACACCCUCCAGGCCUGUAACGAGCUGCACAAGGAGGGGAAGUACAAGGAGCUGGGCUUGUCUAACUACGCCUCAUGGGAAGUGGCAGAGAUCCACUGCAUCUGUAAGCAUAACGGCUGGGUGCUGCCCACAGUUUACCAGGGCAUGUACAACGCCACCACUCGGCAGGUGGAGUCGGAGCUGCUGCCCUGCCUGAGACACUACGGCAUUCGCUUCUAUGCCUACAACCCCCUGGCAGGGGGGCUCCUAACGGGGAAAUACCAUUACCAGGACAAGGACUCCACCCAACCCGAGGGUCGCUUUUUUGGGAACAGCUGGGCCCCCGCCUACAGGGACAGGUAUUGGAAAGAGAGCCACUUCCAGGCCAUUGAUGUCGUUCAAAACGCCCUGCAGGCUGCGUAUGGAGCUCAGAGGCCCACCCUGACCUCCGCCUCCCUACGCUGGAUGCACCAUCACUCCCAGCUAAAGGGUGAACAUGGCGAUGGUGUCAUAAUUGGCAUGUCCUCCAUGGAGCAGCUGCAGGAGAACCUGUCAGCCACCGAGGAGGGCCCCCUGGACCCGACUGUAGUGCAGGCCUUCAAACAGGCCUGGGACCUGGUGGCCCACGAGUGCCCCAACUACUUCCGCUAAACGAGCCGAUUGCCCAGCACUACGCUUCCCAGUCAGAGGGGGACAACAGUGCCGACACAGACACCGCCAAAGAUAUACAUAUUUUUCCAUGGUCAUAUUUAGGUUACACUGCGCUGUUCUUCCAUACAUCUGUUAUUUCCCACAGUGCUGUUAUCGCUUCCUCAAGCUGUAACUGUAUACUUUCAACAUCAGAUUUAGCUGAUACCACAGAUACCUUAGUGUACAUGGUUACAGGGAUGCAUAAACACUGCACAAUCAACUCUGUCUUCAAGUGGGAGACACUAAGGGAACAGCUCUGAUGACAUUAACCCAAAGGGCUACACCACAUCUCUCACUAAUUUAAAUGGGUAAAAUACUCAAACCUUUGUUUUGGUUGUUAGUGAUGUAAUACACUUUUUUCUGCAUUCUUCCAAUCUGACAGAACUUAAGUAUGGUUAGGUGUGAAGAUCAGAUAUUCUAGUACUCCACGGAGGUAAAAUCAGGUUUUUUUUUUUUUUCUUUUUCUUCACUGCAAACUGACUAUACUGAGUCACCCUCUCUAAUUUGUUACAUCUGGAGUUUCCUUCAACAUGUGAUGUCAUCGCAUGUGACUUCUUAGCAUCUCUCUAUUCCAUGCUCUGGAAUCUAGCCACAGUUCACUAACGUUUUCCUGUUUACCAGAAUUGCCUUUCCGUAAUGAUUAUAUGUAGCAAGCUUUCUAACAUGAUCAUCGAUCAGCUGUUUGAACAAGAUGAAUCAGUUUUCUCUUUUGAUUUUACUGAUAACUGAAGUGCAAUGUUAGACCUCCUUUGUAUUAAUGAGAAGCACUUAGCUGAUAAAGAUAAUACUUAAUUCAGUGAAUUGUUUGAAAUUUUGAAGCAUUUUGUGAAAAUGGUGUUUUUGGAGGCUAGGUCUUCACACGUGAAUAAAUUCCAACAUGAAAGAGCGAGACUGAGACACCGGUCAUUACUCUGUGACGCUGAUUGUCCGACCACCAAGAAUUCACACCAACCCCUCAACAGCAGACACCAUGGUUACCACUGAGGACGCCAUUGUUACGCCAGGAUUCCUCUUCCUGCUCAUCAGUGGUUCUGGUAGAUGUGAUUUCCCCUUAGUCAAAACAACAUGAUUUUGCUCUCUAUAGAAAAACUGAUUUCACGGCAAUAUUAAUAACGUGUCUGCCAACCAAAUUUGCAUUGAAUCAGUGUUUUGGUCAUAUUCAGUAUCCUAGUAUCAACGGCAGUAAUGUCCCUCUCCCACUACCCUGGAGGUAAAGCACCCAGCAGCUUUCCUAACUCAUUUCACUUGGGUCAA